AUGUCGAGCUUCGUAGCCCUCAACAUCGAACCAGAGGAUAUCGAGGAGGAGAUUGAUGAUACCAAGGAAAUCCAGAUCGAGGAGGCCCUGAAGCUGUACCAGACGGCUCUGAAGCUUCAUUCCCAAGGUCCGGCAUUCUAUCCGCAGGCGCAGGAGGCUUAUGCCGCCCUCUUCAAGUCUGAGAUUUUUAAAUACCCGGAGUCGCUCUCGGACUACCAACGGACGACGCUGCAAGAUGCAGACGCUCAAGAAGCGGGUUACGUCGAGGACGCCGCAGCCGAUACCCUUGCGGAAAUCGACAUCAACGAUACAGCCGCAAGCGCCCUGCCGCAGACCAUAUACCUGUCAUACAAGAACCAUGGGCAGUUUGUUCUAGAUUCGCUGAGGGAAACGCUGCGGGCAGCAGCUACAAGGGCAGAAUCCAAUGGAGACCUGGCGACGACGAUUGCGACGCAAUCCCAAUCUGCCCUGAGCAUGUUUGCGGAGGCGCUGGAAAGAGACGAUACGGACCUGGACCUCUGGAGAAAGAGUGCGCGGCUAAGCAGUGCGCUACAGAGUUGUCGCCUUACCCGAUAUUGUCUCGAAAGCGUCUUGGUGGGUGACGAUAACGAGCUUGACCCACGAGCCGAAAUGUUGGGCUUGGACGAAGCUUUCGCCACGGAGGAUCUCCAAAAGGUUCUCCAGGCGCUGCGCGACGAGCUCUCAAUUCUGCAAGCGCCUCCGCUAAAGAAGCCUCGAAAGGCACUGUUCCGAUUGCUCAAAGGUCCUACCGAUCCCUAUCCCUAUCUUCCGACCCUCCCGCAAGAUGUCUGCAGUGUCCAUCGUUCACGACAGCUUCCUCGUCAGACCCGCCACAUGAUUACAGCCUCUGAGAAGACAUGGACUGCAGUGGGAAAGGCGAUUCUCCAAGUAGUCGUGGAGGAACAAGAGGACGCCAUCAAGUUCGGUCCGGGAAGCGCCUUAGGCAUCGACUUACCCGCUGACAUUGAUACUGCAAUGGAGGAAGUGGGCGCCCAGGAUAAAGAGCCGUUAAAGACUGAGGACAAUGCUGCCAUAUCACCGGACUCACAGGACGUGGAGAUGUCGGAGGCAACAGGCAAUCAGCCGGCACGAGAAGGAUCGCCAUUGCCGAACACAUUACACGAAAGUCACCCCACAGCGGAGUCAGUCGAAGAUCAAUCCUCCAUCGACCAGCGAGCAGAAUCUCAGUUGAAGGAAUCCUUAGAGGGACAUUCCCGACAACAUGCAGAGCCUUCUAAUCAAGCAGAGACCUCGCUAGCCGAUGAAGCCGAUCCCAAGUCUUCAACUGGUAAUUCUCGGAAGAGAUCGUCGGCAUCCAUUGGCAACGAUGAGGCUGCAGAUAGCGGGAGGACUAAGAGUCGACGAAUCCGUGCACGUGAAUCGAACGCAGAGAACCUCUUACAGACAGAAGAAGUUGGGUUUGACCAAGCCAAGUACUACGAAGACCGGCUGGAAGUGUUCUCCCAUGCGGACGACUGGAUGUUUGGCACUGUUGGCAGUCUUCUGUCCAAGGUUGGGGUUGAGGAUUUGGGAACAAUUGAUGAACUCAAAAUGCAAGUGUGCCCGAUCAACGAUCGAAAGGAAUCCAUCGAUAUGUCUGAAAUACGGGCCAAGGGACCUGAUGCCGUGCUGUCUCGGGAUCUUCGUAGUGCGCUGAUAAAUUGGGAUGAGGAUAAAUCCCGGGCAGCAUUGCAGGGGGAUAGUUCCACAUCCUUGCAAGAUUUCCGUGGAAUGAACCGAUCCGCAUUGGCCGUUUUUCUCGAGCACUCUAGGAAGCCCAUUCACAAACCUGGGAAGGAUCAGGUGCUCGCUGGAGGCGAAGGACUUCCAGCAUUCGUGCAACGUAUCAAUGAUCAAUGGCUUCACCUGCACGAAGUUGCAUUCAGUUGGUUGGCCAAGCUUCUUGAGCCUGGAAAGGACUCCCUCCAUGACGCGGAUUUUGCCAAAAAGGAUCGGUUUUCUGCAGAAUCCCCUUACACUACUCUGCUGUGGCCCGAGGCGCUCAAGGAAACCGUGGUACAACUCAUGCUCAGAGAGGAUGGGUAUAUCUAUGACAGAUUGUCGGCCUCUAUCACCCAGCUUGAGGAACGGAUUCUCCAGCACGCCACUUCCGGGGCUCCCUUUGAGUAUACCGGGGAACAUUAUUCUCGGAUGGUGAUGAUUCAGACCCUCUACGAACUUCACCUUGAUGUCUAUUCUCUCAUCAAUAACCCAAACAGCGAGGUCGAUGAAGGUACUCGACUUCUGCAACGUGACCGAUUGUCCAGAUGGGGGACGUUAGCGCGAACAGCGGUCGGCCAUUUUCUCGAUCAUGGCCCAACUGGAGAUUUUCGAACCCUGAUUUCCCUCCGUCAUCUAUGGUCGUCAACAUUUCACUCCAACAUGGCAGAAGAUGUUGCACGGGAGCACAUUUUACUUUGUCUGCAAGACCUCAAGCAUAUUCUGCUGUCACUCGGAGACCUCAAGAUUACUCUCAUGAACAAUGCCGUCAUGCCCGAAAUUUCGGUCGCCGCCCUAGAUCAGGAGAUCUCUCGACUGAAUUCCAUGGAUUUCUUCAUGAGGAUUUUCGGUUCUGAGUCAGAGGAUCCUGUUGCUCUGAUUGAAAGCAUUGAGCCGAUCCUGGAACCUUCGUCAGUAGAGUUCGUUCAAGAGAAUGAUUCUUCAGGCGAGAGUGCCGUGGCAUUACCAACGUCUCAAAUACAAGAGAUGGCAAGUUUCCUCGACAGAGGCGAUGCCACUCUUCGGCUCUUUUUGUGGAGAAGACUUCAGGACGCCUACCAAGCCAUUGAUUAUCCACCAAAGGUUGUGUCAUGCCAACUUCGAAGCAUCGAGACCAUUGUGAAAGAGAUACGAGGGAAUUCGUAUUUGGAGGCAGCAGCCGACAACCGUCAAGCUACGCUGCUCAGAUGGUUGAAAUCAAUCAAUGAUCUUUUGAUCAAGGUAUUACCGCAGUUACUGAGUCAUCCAGAGAAGUCGUUUGAAUGCAUUGACAUGGAUCACCUCCGGUCUUCAAUGUCUGCUGUGGCUCGACUCUCGCGACUUCUUCACAGCUUUGCACUCUACGAAGACGCCGUUCGGGUCGGUCAGGUACCUCCACCCGAAAUUCGUGGUCCACUAUCGAAAUCACUGGAAAGUUUUAAGGAAAAGCUGCGUGAUAUGCAAAUUCGCUGCUGGGUUUUGCAAUACACCUUGUUAAAAGAGUGUAUGUUACAGGAGAAGACGUUAUUUGACACCCCGGCAGAUGAUCGGGCCGACUUUUUGCGCUCAGUUCACAAUGCGGUUGGCGUCCGCUCUAGUUGCAAGUACGCCGAGAAAAUGCUUCUUAAGCUCAUGAAGAGCGAGCUCCUGAGCCUGGAAACUGAGGAAGAUUACGAAAGCGACGUCUGUCAGGUGCUCUUUGAUUUGCACGGCCUCAAGUUCUCUGUUCAUGACGGAACUGUCGAUCAUGGCUGUCCACCAGAGAGAUUGGAUCGUAGCACCGCCACAAUGAUGGUUGACUUCCUGAUGAUGCAGGCAAACCGGAUGAGCAUCAAGGAUGUGUCGAAAUCGGAGUUGAAAUCUACUAUCGACAAGGUGCAACAAGCAUUGGGGUCGACAAAACAUACAUCCUUAUCAUUCAAUAAGCGUGUUAUAUCUGCGUACCUAAAAUCUCCCAUCAACCCAGCCCAGGUUUUCCGUGCUGUUCAGGGGGUAGGGGAUCUCUCCUUGAUGCCCGUACCUACCGAAAGCGCGAAAAUUGCAAAGAAGGGGUGGUAUUACCUUCUCGGUCAUGCUUCUCUCACGAAAUUCCGUUCUCAGAAACGCCUCAAUCCAGUCCCUACCAAUGACCUGGACGAUGCUAUAAGUUACUUCCGACAAGACUUGGAGCAUGGCACGGACCGGUGGGAGAGUUGGUAUCGCCUCGCUCAGACCUACGAUUCGAAACUCGAGGAGGACAUCACUUGGUCCGCAGACAAAAUCAACAAUAAUCGUUCGGAGCUUGUGGUUCUCCAACGCAAUGCAAUCCACUGCUACGCUAUGGCCGUCGCAACUGCGAUCAGGACCGCGGAUCCAAAUCCAAAAUCCAGAGCGACUCUCUCUGACCUUUACACCGACUUUGGGAUCCGUUUGUACGCAUCAUCGCGGGAGCCUUUGUCAAUGGGCCCGUUCAGUCUUGCAGACUUUACGCGUCAUUUCAGCGAUCUUGAGAACCAGCAGAUGUACAAAGGUAAACCGUUCAAAGAGAUGAAGUUGUAUUCAGUGUGGACUCUCGCCAGCCACCUCUUCAAGCGAGCUAUGAUCAAUAAACCGAACUAUUGGAUGAAUCAUUACAUGCUCAGCAAAUGCCUAUGGAAAAUGUUGACUUGCGAUGAGUCUGUCAGGGGGAGUUCCAAGCCGGUCGAAGUUGACGACGUUUUGGAUUCCUUGCUGGACGCUAUUGAGACUCUGCCCCAACGUAAAGACAGUCGCUCUGAUCCUGUCUUCGAGCCACACUUUAGGCUGGUAUCUGUUCUCCAUAAGCUUGUCCGCCAAGAGAAGAUCAAGCCGGCUGAGGCUGGUAAGAUUCUCUCAGAGACUCCAUGGGCUCGAAAACUCUCGCCUCCCCAAGAUCUUAGUGAUUGGAAGCCGUACAUUCUAGAUGUAUUGAAGAACCUAAAGAAUGCAGACAAGUCAAAUUGGCAUCAUCGGAUCAUUGCCAGGGCUGCGCAAAUCCAUUAUGAUGAUCAAAAAGAUGCCGCUGCGGCCGCAGCGGCAAAGAAUGAAAUGAUGCCGCAGAUCUUCACGAAGACCAUGACUCUGCAAGUUUGGCGACCAGAAUUCGAACGGCCUGGAAGGCAUUUCGUCUAUACCACGCGAUACGUGUACUUCUUUGUGAGCCUGCUGGACCAGAUCAACGACCGCGCCAGCCUCGACCAGUUAUUACGUCGGGUGAGAAAGAAGCAGGGAGACUUCAUUAAUCACUCUAAGCUUUGGGAAGACAUCUGUAUUGUUUACGUCAAGCUUAUCCGCCGCGCUGGGAACGUACCAGAAAAACACGAAGAGGGCGUUUUCAAGCCCGUCAGUUGGGACGAAUUCGUGACAAACUCAGCCAGGCUAGAAAACUUGGAUGAUCUUUCUACGACUCACUCCUCGACCCUUGAGCUUCUUCGAGAAGCCGUGGAUCUGAAGAAGCUCAACAAUAAUUUGAUGAAAGUGACCAUGUUCGAAGAUCUGGUUGCCGACAUCUACGCCCAGUUGUACGAGGCCAAUGUACCUCGGUUUAUCGAGCAGGCAAAUGAAGAGAACCGAGAGAGAAUGAAAGUUGACCACCUUCUCAUGGCAAAUGACGCCCCCACUGACACGCCGACGCCCCCGACAUCCGCUCCUCCGUCCGAGGCACCGGCGCCUCGUGGCCGUACCAAGGGAAUCGCUCGGAGGGACAUUCAGAAACGAGCGGAGGCAAUUGUCAAUCGCCAUGUGCUUUCACGUAACGUGCCGGCGAAGGCACCUACGGCUCCUGCAGAGGAAGAAACCCGCCCAGCGCCUGCUGCUGAAGCUCCUGCUCCUCUCCCGAUCCGGGAGAAUCAGCGAGACGGCGCGACAGGCGCCACGUCAGGUGCGCAAAGCAGCGUCCCAGCAAGCAUCCAUGACAGCGCAGAUGACGAGAGCGAGCUCAGUGAGAUUGAUGACGAAAGGCUCGCAAAGCUCAAGGCGGAGGAGAAAAAGCCUCCUCUUCUGUUCCCUAACCUUCCGUCAAGGAAGUCACCGGAUCCUACCUCUGAAUUAUCUGCUCAGGCUAGUGCAGAUGGUGAUGAAGCCGACGAAGGAGCCGGCGACGACGAUGAAGAAAACGAGAUCGAAGGUGAUGAAGGAGAGGGGGGAAUCGCCGAAGAAGAAGAGGAGGAAGAAGCCGAAGGCCGGGAGGCCGAGGGUGAGGCCGAGGGCGAAGGUGAAGGUGAAGGCGAAGGCGAGCAAGACGACGUCGACAUGGAAGGGGACGAGGGCGGCGAAGCAGCCGAAGAAGGCGAAGGCGAAGCAGAAGAAGCAGAAGGAGAAGCAGAAGAAGAAGCAGCAGAAGGAAACGAAGACGAAGACGCAACAGAAGAUCAGCCAGAAGCAGGCGGAGACACUGAGAUUGACGUCGACGUCGAUGCCGACGAAAAGGAACAAUGA